CAACUGUCAAAGGUGGAGUGGAUACGCGCAUGACCCAACACACACUACUGUGAUACUGUCCGUAUAAAAAGCCGAAAUAAGCCGAGGUAAGGAGCCGAGGAGAGUCCGACAGCCGAGCGAGCCGCGUCCUUUGCGCUGUUUUUCCUUUGACUCUAACCAAGUGUGUCGCUGCCGUCGAUAUUACUGCACUAAACAUAUUCCUGUGCCUCCCUUUAGAUCCAGCAGCGCAAGGAUUUUUUUCUACUCCUCCUUCGUAAUAAAGUCGCCAUUUUGCUUGACUGCCUAUAUAAACCAUCCCGUAUUUUCAUGUCUUCUCCUCCUCGAGCCGCGGACCCGGCUGUGUUUGCGGGAUAUUUUUGACAUUUUCUGGAGUGUUUGUCGGGAGAAGACGGAGGUUGAAGAAAGUGCCUCGUGGUUUUCAUGUUAAUGCAGGAAAGGAGGGAAGGAGGCGGAGGAGGCGACGGAGGAGGAGGAGGGGGGGCGGCUGGAAACUGGGAAUAAUAAGGUGAAAGUCGCGUGGAAUUGGCGAUUUCUCGCCCCCGGGUUUCGCCUUGUGCCUCGUCGUCGUCUGCGGAGGUGGAGACGGUGACGGGACGACUCUGACCGCUGUCCACAGCUGUCCACAGCUGUCCACCACAGUCUGACCACGCAGGUGUGAGCGAGGACCAUGUAACACGACGUCGGAGGAGGAGGAAGACAAAAAAAUAAACAAACAACUGACAAACUAACUGACGCCCACUCAGGCAUGGAGAGCCCAGGCUCCAGGCUUGGGAAGCUGUCCUCAUCAGGGCUGCCAAAGGGCCGCACUCCCAAACAUGGACAUCCCCAGGAGACUGUCAGGAACAUGGCAGGCCCCGAAAACAACAAACACAUGCCAGGUCCAGUGUGUGAUGAGCCAGCAGAAGGGAAGAGGAAAGGUCGACCCAAAGCAGACGUGCAGGAACUGAGGAGCAUCCCUGCCCAUAUGAUAGUUCAAUGGAAGGAAGAGUUUAAACGCCGCUCCAGGGUUAAGUGUCCGUGUUCAGGCUGCUGGUUAGAGUUUCCCAGCAUCUAUGGCGUCAAGUACCACUAUCAACGCUGCCAGGGGGCCACAGUCGCUGAGAAGCUGAGUCAUGGCUGCCCCUACUGUGAGGCAGUGUUUGCCACCAAGGUCCACCUGCACAAGCACAAGCUGUGGAACCAUCCCGACAGGGUCACGAUGGAGGGCAAGGAGGGGCAAGCGAAACUUCAGAAGACUCCUGUCAAGUCCAACACCAAGAAAAGGCCCUUGGAGAACAGCCCCCCUUCUCCUGUCUUCUUCAAAGUGAAGAAGAUCCACGAGGUGUCGACACCCUCACAGAACGGCGAUGUGGUCCACCAGAGGAGCGAGAGGAAGCAGCACAGUCAGCAGAUCCCCCAGUCCCUGCCCGUCCUCCCUCACUCCCAGCAGUCGCAGUGCCAGAGCACGUCGUCUGACGCUGGCGGCAGUGAAAGUGAGGGCGGGAGUCUUCCUCCAUCUUUGGCUGACGAGGACCCGGAGCGAAUGAAGCACAAGCCAGGACGGAAGCAGAAAACACCCAAGAAAUUCACCGGAGAGCAGCCCUCUAUAUCUGGAACAUUCGGAUUGAAAGGCAUGACUAAGGUGGAGGAGAAACUGAAAGCAGGUCGUGCAAAGAGACCAGAAGGAAGUGCGCUCAGUGAGGAUCCUCAGAGAAGACCAGCUCCAGCUCAGUCCGCCAAGAAAGACUCAGCCACAACCAGCUCUGGCGUGGUUCCUGACACGCAGUGGCAGCGGGCGAUCUCAGAGCGAGGGGAAGUCGUGUGUCCCAGCUGCUCCAUCGUCACCAGGAAAACCAUCCACGGCCUCAAGAAACACAUGGAGAUUUGCAAGAAGCUCCAGGACGCCCUGAAGUGCCAGCAGUGCCAGAAGCAGUUCAGAUCCAAGGCCGGCCUCAACUACCACACCAUGGCUGAGCACAGCAACAAGCCGUCGGGGAGUGAAGGCCAGACGGGCGACGAGCAUGAGGAGAGAGAGAGGCUGCGUCGAGUUCUCAAACAGAUGGGACGAAUCAAAUGUCCUAGUGAGGGUUGCUCGGCCCAUUUCUCCAGUCUGACGGGUUACCAGUACCACCAGAAGCGCUGUGGAGGGGAGUUUUCUGAUGACGAGAAGCCUGUGUUUCUGUGUCAGCACUGUGGAAAAACCUACCACUCCACAGCCGGCAGAGACUACCAUAUACGUGCUGAACACUCAGCAACCAUCACUGCCACAGCUGCCACCAAUAACAACAACAGCAGCAGCAACAACAAGGACAAUACAACUGACAACAACAACAACACCGGCAAAGAAAGGGUACUGUCAGAGGAGUCUCCAGCAGGAGGCAAGAAGGAGCAAAACCAGCCUGAGAAGAUGGACUGGCAGAAGAAAUCUCCCUCCAAAGAGCCCAAAGAGAAGCAAAGAGAAACCAGGCAGAAAGAGAGGGGGAAAGAAAAAGAGAGGGAGUCAGUCGCUGACAAAGCAGUGCGGAAUGAGAGCCAGGGGGAGGACUUUGAGCGGACCCCCAGUGGCAGAGUGAGGCGCCGUUCAGCCCAGGUGGCAGUGUUCCACCUGCAAGAGAUCGCAGAGGAUGAGCUGGCCAAAGACUGGGGCACCAAGAGACGCAUCAAAGACGACCUGGUGCCUGACAGCAAGAGGUUAAACUACACACGACCCGGCCUCCCCAACUUUAGCCCAGAGCUCCUGGAGACCUGGAAGAACCAAGUCAAAGAGAAGGGUUUCAUCUGCUGCACCAAUGAAAACUGUGAAGCUGUCUAUUCCAGCGUGUCAGGACUUAAAGCUCAUCUCGCCAACUGCAGCCAGGGUGGUGGAGAACUGGGGAAGUACACCUGUCUGCUGUGUCAGAAGGAGUUUAGUUCAGAGAGCGGCGUGAAGUACCACAUCAGCAAGACACACUCACAGAACUGGUUUCGUGCAGCCGAGAAUGAAGUGGUCUCCAGCAGCAAGAAUAAAGCGCCGCAGAACAACGGGGUCAAAGCAGAGGUGACAAACUGUGCUGCACCGGGUAAGAAGAGGGGCCGCAAGCCCAAAGAGCGCCCCUCUGUGGUCGAACCUCUUCAAACAAACAUUGAAGCGCCUGCAGUUACUGAAAACUCAACCCCCGCCUCAGAUCCUUCCUUGUGCUCAACAAAACCUCCGAGCUCGAUCCCCAACCCAUCGGACAAUGCUAAUUCAGGCCCAAACCGACAGCCCGUCCCUUCUGCUGGCAGACGAAGCAAACCCAAGAGGCUGUCGCUGUCAGAGUAGCUGUGCAUUUGUCCACCCAGGAGCCACAGAGGAUGCUCACUGUAAAAAGGAAGCUCAGAGACUUUGAGGAAAGCUAAAUCGGCCAUUAGGAAGUCAAAUACAGUCCAGAGUUAAUGUGUCUGUUGUUAUAACCAAUUCUAAUGUAACAGUCAUUUUUGUUUCCAUUCCAUUUUGAUCUCAGUUUGAAGGCACAUACGAAGGCAGCCUCUGAUCUCACAGCAGGGCUGUCCGCCGUCCUCACAGAUGAAAUCCCCACUUCUAGAUAACAGAGGGAUUAUUCCCACAGAUUGAAAGUAAUACUCUCCACAAGUUUUAAAAAAAAAAGAUAUUCUAUUCGCAUGGUGAAGUCUUUAAUGAUAGCUACUGUUGUCACAUUUCUUUCCCAGAUAUUCUGUACUUUGUACAUAAACAAUAUCUAUAUCUAUAUAUCUAUAUACUCAAAGCAAUGAUGCCAUUUUAUAGUUUUCAAGUCUAACACAUCCAAUCGGAUCUUGAGCAGUCAUGUUUUUGGCAGUGUGUGCUGUAGUGCAAUGUCAUUUUGAACCUUUUUCAUUUCUUUCUGCUUUUAGGUUCAUUUUUUAACGUUUAUGUUUCAAGUAAGCAAAUGUCCUUAUAAGCUAAAAUGUUGCUCAGUUGUAAAUCUUUUUCCACCCCAUGUUUUCCCACUGCUAUAUGAGCUUAACUUUUUAUUUGUAUUGUUUGGGACAGCGUCACGUGACGUGAUGAAAACAAACAUCACAAGUCCACAGUUCUGAGGUUGAAAAAGCAGAAAACCACUGAAGGUGAUUGGGCGCAUUUAUGCUCAAGGGUAGACGGACAAAGUCAUCUGUCUCGUGCAGUACAGUACCACCAGAAACCAUCAGGGGCAGUGAUGCACGAUGAGCAUAGGAAGUUGAGACAAAUAUGUGGAACUUUGUGAAGAGAGAGUUUGUGACGCAACACGUCAACACGCCACAGGAUCACAUCUCUGUCAUGUCAUUUGUGUAAGUCUGCUGGUUUUUGCCGUGACUGACCUCAUCGGGAUUGCUGUGCACUUUAGUGAAAGUACAAUUGUCUGGAUGAAGGUGAUUCGGUUUGGCAAAGACGCCGUUUUGGCCAAAGUUAGAAUCUCAGAAAAAAAGGGAACCGUGUUCUCGAGGGAGGCUUAUCGCCAUGGCAACAGAGAAGCCACUUUUGUAUGGCCCCCAAAGAGCAGCUGUCUUUUGAUUCAGCUGUUGCUGUCGUGUAUUUUAGCGACUUGCUCAAGAGCGCACCCCGGCCGUAAGUAGUGAGACGUUUUAACUACACGGCCAUCGCUCCUAGAAAACUAGCAGCUUUGUUGACAUGUUUUGCGUCGCUCUGCAUGACAGAUCCAGAUCAUUGUCUGAUUGUUUGUAGGUCUAUCCUACGGUGUACAGAGGCAUUUACAUCUAUGUUUGUUGGCCACGCCUCUUGGAAGUGGGCGGGACUUUAAUCUCGAAUGAGAUUGAGACACGGUCUAUUCCAUUCAAUUCAAUGUUAUUUGUAUAGCGCGAUCUCAGGUCUCUGUACACAGAC